GGUGUUCCACUUGAUACAUAUUUGAUGUUCAUAUCAUAAUGGAUUCAUCAAAUACCGGCCUCCUAGGCCAUCUGAUUCUGAAAGCCAGCGGCCGCAAGAUGGACAUUCCUAUGUUGAAUACGGUAAUAAUUCUGUUCAUUAUAUACCUGUGUUACAGCGUUAUCAGACGUCUUCGCAUAGCAUAUUUUUCACCUUUGAGCCGUAUUCCGGGGCCAUGGUAUGCUCACCUGACCGGCCUCGUCCUCAGGUAUCAUAUCCUGAAUGGAAACCGGGUAAAUUACGUGCAAUCUCUACAUGAAAAGUACGGCCCAUUUGUCCGCAUCGCUCACAAUGAAGUCGUGACUUGCGACGCCGCAGCUACGAAAGAAAUCCAUGCCAUUGGUACCAAUUGGCGCAAAUGGAGUCAUAUACCAGACGACAUCACUCCCAACAUCUUCAGUAUAGUUGAUCCAAAGCAACAUAGUAUUCGGCAAAGAUUCUAUAGGAAGUUUUUCCAACAAGCAACGUUGCGAAAAACAAUGGAACCGGCCGUUCUGUCCACGGCUGAAACCGCCAUAAAGGGAAUGAAAAAGGAUGCCGAUGCCGCGGGAAAUAUUGUCAACGUACAUGAAUGGUUCAUGCUAUUCAGCAACGACAUAAUGUCUCUCUUGACAUUCGGCGAAGGAUUCGGCCUGAUGGACAAAGGCGAAAGAAAGGGAAGUGUCAUGACUCCCGUAGAACUUCACAAGAUGAAUGCCUGGUUAGAGCUUUCGCUCCCAAUUUUUUUGCUUGGUCGUUUCGUAUUGUCACACUUUUCAGAGCGUAUGAGGGCAAUUUUCCGUGCAGAUGUGGCCCUUAAUCCAUCAGAGGAUAAAGCGAUUGCGCAGCUCAGAAUGGGUGAAAAAGACGAAGAAGGGCGAACGGUAUUCGCAAGAGCCAUCGAGGAUGCAAAGGAAGAUGAAAUGCUGAAAUUUCAUGGCAAGACACGUUUGACGGACGAUGAAAUUGCGGCAGACGCCUUGGGUUUCCAAUUGGCGGGGGCAGAACCUGUCGGUGUUUCGUUAACUUACUUGAUAUGGUGCAUCCUACGGCACCCGGAUGUACAGAGGCAGAUUGAAAUGGAAGUGGCGGGUGUCGAACUCUCAGAUGCAGCUCUUGAAAAACUACCCAUCCUCACCGCGGCCAUAUUAGAAUCUUUACGAUUAUGGGGUGGUAAUGCGACGGCCAUGAGAAGACGGGAGGAUAUAACGGAUGGCGGGGUACUACUUGGUGGAUUGUAUCUUAUCCCCAAAGGCACGAUAGUCUCCACGCAGGCAUAUUCCCUGCAUCGCAACCCAGACAACUGGAAAGAUCCUUUCAGGUGGGAUCAUAAGAGAUGGCUCGACCCCGCUCAGAGUCAUUCGAUCUCAACGGAUCGUUUCCAGCCGUUCAGCGCAGGCAGUCGAAUGUGUGCUGCAUAUCAUUUGGCCUUGAUGGAAAUACGCAUUAUGACUGCGAUAUUCUUCAAGACCUUUCCGGGAGCCAGAUUAGCUCCCUCUGUAACACCAGAAAGCAUGGCAUUGGUUGAUCGAUUCAACCUGUUCCCGAAGCACGAUAGCUGCGAGGUCAUUUUGAGUGGUCAGAACUGAUCGAUCUCAUACAUAUCGCCCGAGAACUUUGUUAUGUCAUUUGAGAUAACUGUAUUUUGUUUCUAUUUGUUGGUCGCUCAUACUGGUACGAGAUGGUUUACUAGAGAGUUAACCAGUCAUACUGACAUAUGACACGGAACUGGCUUAAUGGUAAAGCCCUAAUCGACACGGGCGGGUUCCUAGAUCUAAUGCUGUUAUAUUUG